UUUUUGUUCUCCCUCUCCACCUCAGAAAUGCUCUAACAGAAAGUAGAAACUGAAAUCGUCUCGAUCGCUCUCAUCACUUCUUAGUUACACACGCGCGCACACAUUUAUUAAUUCAUUCAUUCUCUCCACUCCACAGUCCACAUUACUCUCACGAACCACGGCCUCCGAAUCGCCGACGGAGAUUGGGAUAGUCGUGCGAUCAGAGAGAAUCGAAGGCAGAUAUCUGUCCGUGAGGUUUCCACUUUCAGUUCCACUGCAUUCAGUCUCUCUUCGAAGUUCAGAGGAGUCUUCUUCCCUCUUCUUUAGGCUUAAACAGAAGGCAGAAGGCAAUCGAGAUUCAUAAGGAGCAAGCUAGCUAGUAGUCUACUUGAAAUCGUCAAGCGUUUAGGGUUUUGAUAUUGGAGUGCUUCUGAUCGAUUGCUUUGAGAUUCUUCUAGUAAACAAGGAGUUUGUUUCACAGCGUGUGCUUUUCUCUCUCAAUCGAAACGAUGAAGAAACUUAUCUCAAAUCGUCGAAUCGCCCUAUUUGCAUUUAUGGUGGCGUUUUCUGUCGGAAUAGUGCUCACCCUUCUCACCGGUAUGCAACAUGUGCAGCACCGUUUAUUUGAUCGGAGAGCGGUGAGGAUAAGCGAACAAAGUAAUCGCAACUCUUCUUCGUCGCAUCGCAAGCUUCUCCACUCCGCAGCGGAAGCAGGAGCGGGAGUGGGAGUGGUGGACCCAAGUAGAGCGUGGGGGGAGAAAUGUUCGAGAUCAGACAUAGUGGUGAACCAGGGAGCUACAUCCCCAUUGCCAAACGGAAUCCCGACGUACACGGUGGAGAUAGUGAAUGCGUGCACUGUGACAGGUUGCGCAAUCUCGGGCAUCCACCUCAGUUGCGGCUGGUUCAGCUCAGCUCGCCUUAUCAACCCAAAGCUGUUCAAACGCCUCCACUAUGAUGAUUGUGUCGUCAAUGACGGCAAGCCCCUUCCCAGCGGCGCCACCCUCUCCUUCCAGUACGCCAACUCUUUUCCUUAUCAACUCGCCGUCUCCUCCGUCAUCUGCGGUUGAUUCUCUCUCUCUCUCUCUCGAACCCCCCAAAAAAGUAACGAUAAUGAUAAUAAUCAAGCAGCAAUCGAUCCAUAUAAAGCAAAAGCAAGACUAAAUACCCCAUUUUGUCUUUGUACGUUUUGCUUUUGCUUUAUAUUAGCUUUGUUUGCUACCUCGUUUUCAUCUUAUUCCUUUUUUAAAAAUCGGAUUAGGGGACUGGAAAUUGGGAAGGGAUUGCGUCAUGUGUUAGCCCUUUGAGGUUCAUUCCCUACGGUGUUGUAUAGGAUUGGAAAGUUUGGUUAUUAACAGUAGGGGAAUUUUGUUUUUCUUCUUUUCCUGUAUUGAUGAUAAGAAUAUAGAUGAUGUAAGUAGAAGUUACUGUGUAGUUCAUGAAGAACUGUUGUUGCUGAUGUGCUCUGUUUUGCAUUAAUGUAAUACACUGUGGACGGACGCUGGCACACUGAAGAGACUUGGCGUUGAGGUUGGGUCAUUCAUUA